AUGGCGUCCGUGUCGCUGGCUCUCGAUUGUCGCGCAGUGCUAGGCGAGUCGCCCGUAUGCAACUCACGUGGCGACGUGUGGUUCGUCGACAUAAACGGUCGCAAGAUCUUGGGCUACGACAGCGUGGCGAACCGUGCGAUUCGCGAAGAGGCCAUCACGACGCCGCAGCUCGUGGGAUGCGUCGCACCGCGCGCUUCGGGAGGUCUUAUCGCGGCGAUGGAAGACUGCAUAGUCGCAGUGGACACGAGUGAGGGGCGGGUGACAGACACACUCCUGCACCUGCCUGCCCAGUACACGGGCCCUAAAAUACGCUUCAACGACGGCAAGUGCGACCCCGCGGGUCGCUUCUGGGCGGGCACCAUGCACGCCUCGUGGCGCGACCCUGCUGCUCCCAAAGGCAACCUCUUCUGCAUCUCCCCUACUGCUACCACCACUGCUGCCACUGCUGCUGCUCCGGUAGUGGAGGUGAAGGUAGAGGGCACGCAGCUGUCCAACGGGCUGGCGUGGUCUGCAGAUGGCACGCGGCUUUUCUUCAUUGACUCGGCUCUCAGGACAGUGGACUGUUUUGACUUUGACGCAGCCACAGCGGGCAUCAGCAACCGUCGCACAGCAGUCACAUUCAGCCAGGACGAACCAGGAGUGCCGGACGGCAUGGCAAUAGACGCGGGGGGACAGCUGUGGGUGGUGGUGGGGGAGAGUGGCAGUGUGCGACAGGUGGACCCAGAGACAGGCAAGGAGGUCUCCCGAGUGGCCCUUCCUGUCGUCCGCCCCACUUCCUGCGCCUUUGGAGGCAAGGAUCUAUCGGAGCUCUAUGUCACCACUCGGGAAGAGACAGGAGCAAACCUGUCUACCAAUGCCGGAGGUCUGUUCAAAUGCCUCGUGCCUGGAGUCAAAGGGCUGUCUUUUGCCGAUGCGUUUUCCGGGUGA